GACGUCACACAUUGAGUUGAUUCGGUGAAACCUUUAUACGGCACGCAAAUGCUUGCAGCAGACAGAACUGCAGAGUUCCGUUCUGCGUCCAAGCCCGUCAUCAUGAAGUACAUCCUCGUGACGGGCGGCGUCAUCAGCGGCAUUGGCAAGGGCGUCAUUGCCAGCUCGAUCGGCGCCAUCCUGAAGGGCGUCGGCUUCCGCGUCACCUCCAUCAAGAUCGACCCUUACAUCAACAUUGACGCAGGCACGUUCUCGCCGUACGAGCACGGCGAGGUGUUCGUGCUGGACGACGGCGGCGAGGUGGACCUCGACCUGGGCAACUACGAGCGUUUCCUGGACGUGACGCUGCACAAGGACAACAACAUCACCACCGGCAAGAUCUACCAGCAGGUGAUCAACCACGAGCGCGAGGGCCAGUACCUGGGCAAGACGGUGCAGGUGAUUCCGCACAUCACCGACGCCAUCAUGAACUGGGUGGAGCGCGUUGCGCGCCGGCCCGUUGACCCCGAAGGCCUCGAGCCCGAGAUUUGCAUCAUCGAGCUGGGCGGCACGAUCGGCGACAUCGAGGGCAUGCCGUUCGUGGAGGCGUUCCGGCAGUUCCAGUUCCGCGUGGGUCGCGGCAACUUCUGCUGCGCGCACGUGUCGCUGGUGCCGCAGCCGUCCUCCACCGGCGAGCAGAAGACGAAGCCGACGCAGGCGUCGGUGCGCGAGCUGCGCGGCCUCGGUCUGUACGCCGAUCUGAUCGUGUGCCGCAGCGAGAAGCCGAUUGGGGCCGAGGUGAAGCUCAAGCUCUCCAACUUUUGCCACGUUGCGCCGCACCAGGUGAUCUGCUUGCACGACGUCAAGUCGCUGUACCGGGUGCCGGUGAUGCUGACGGAGGAGCGGUGCCUGGACGUGCUGCAGGAGUGCCUGCACCUGCGCCUGCCGGCCGGCGUGCGGCCGCGCCGCUGCAUGGCCGGCUGGCGCGACCUGGCUGAGCGCGCCACGCACGUGCGCCGCACCGUCACCAUCGCGCUGGUGGGCAAGUACACCUCGCUGCAGGACUCGUACGCCAGCGUGAUUAAGGCGCUGCAGCAUGCGGCGCUGCUCGCCAGCCGCCAGCUCGACCUGCAGUUCGUCCAGUCUGAACACCUCGAGGAGGCAUGCAAGCUGAGCGACCCGGUGCGCUACCACGAGGCGUGGCGCCACCUCUGUCGCGCCGACGGCCUGCUCGUGCCCGGCGGCUUCGGCCACCGCGGCGUCGAGGGCAAGGUGAUGGCUAUCCAGUGGGCUCGCGUCAACGCCAAGCCUUUCCUGGGCGUUUGUCUGGGCAUGCAGGCGGCCGUGAUCGAAUACGCGCGCCACGUGGCCGGCCUGCCGGACGCGCAGUCGACCGAGUUCGUCAAGGACGCAACCACGCCGCUGAUCAUCGACAUGCCCGAGCACAACCCGGGUCAGAUGGGCGGCACGAUGCGGCUGGGCCGGCGCGCCACCACGUUCCGCGGGCAGCCGUCGGUGCUGCAGCAGCUGUAUGGUGGCGCCACGCGCGUGGACGAGCGCCACCGCCACCGCUACGAGGUCAAUCCGCGCUACGUGCCGCUGCUGGAGCAACACGGUCUCCACUUUGUCGGCCAGGCCGAGGACAAGGAGGCGACGCGCAUGGAAAUUGUCGAGCUGCCCAAGCACCCGUACUUCGUAGGCGUGCAGUUCCACCCGGAGUACCUGACGCGGCCGACGCGGCCGUCGCCGCCCUACCUGGGCCUCGUGCUGGCCGCGUGCGGCAAGCUGACGAGCUACCUGAGCAAGGGGCGCCGGCUGUCGCCGCGCUACCGGCGCGAGAGCACGGGCGACACGUCCUCGGACGAGGAGCUGGCCGAGCUGGGCCAGGCCGUGGCCGGCUGCAUGGCGCCGCUUACGGAAGCCAGUGGCAAGACGCCUGAGGUGGCGCGUGACGCCGCUGCCACCGCCGCCGGUGGUGAGGGGUCGCACGGCGUCACACCGCCCGCACCGGCCGUGUCGGGCGCUGAGGAGGAGGAGGCGGUUGGGGCGGCCGGCGCGGAGAAGGCGGAGGACAAGUCGGAGGACGGCGGCAACGCACCGGCCGUCUAACGUUCGCGUUGAGGCUUGAGCGUGGGCAGAGGCGCGGCUGUGGAUUGAUUAGAGUUUUCUGGACGCUGUGUUGGUAAAGAACGGCCGGCGGCGCUCGUGUGCCACCCGCACACCCCCUCCCUCUCCCCGCCCCCUCCUCUGCACCGGUCUGACAGCGGCGACGAGACAGUGGUGGCGAGAGUCUCACUGCGCUAGACGGGCACUGCCACUGGACGCGUGGCCGCCCCUCGGACGGCGUCAUAGGUGGC